CAUCGGACCGUGCGGUUGUGUUGCGUAGUGUAUGUGUCGCCGUACGAAACACUGAUAUCACUCUGCCCGAAGGAAAAAACGAGAUAGAAAGCGAGUGAGAGCCAUCAGCCGCAGUGUGCGGUGUGUGUGUAUAGCAAAACGGGAGUGUACCACACGCACGGCAGCGCAGUAGAGGCAGACACAAAAAGUGGAGAAGCCAUUUUCCAAUCUCGAGCCUGGCCGGAGCGCAGUAGUGUGUGCACAAAAGUGAAGAAAAAACGGGAAAAUCCGAGGAAAAUGUUCCAUUUUCUACUGCAAAUUGUCACACUGGCGGAUAAAUAGACGAACGGCAAUGCAGGCUUAGGAUUUCAGCUGACUGGUGCGCAUUGUGUCGGAGGAAGCCCGGUUCCUGUGAUAUCCGAUUUUUCCUGGUUUCUUCAGUUCGGUUCGCGGUCAUGCUGAAAAAUUGAGUUUUCUUCUUUUCCUUACCGAUUCGGUUUUUUAUUUCACUUCGAUCUGUUGCGUGGGUGCUGGAAGUGUGUGCGGGCGAAGAGUUUCCGGACGGCUGAGCAAGGUGACGUCGUUGUCGUCGUCGACGGCGGAAGGAGCGCAGCAGCACGAAACGAGUGCAGCAAAAAUUAGAUCGAUAUUUUCCACCAUUUAUUGUGGUGCGCCAAAGAUCUUGCCGUGUGGUUCCAAUCUAUUUUAUUUUCACCGGAGGGACCAGGGUGAGGCGUAAGGCACAGUGCAAUUGUUGGCCUGAUUGAAGAAAAAAGUGUAGUUUUUUUUAUGUUAGUGUGAAAUCCUUAAAUCAGAUUCAGUGUGUAUUAGAGUAGAUUUUAUUUGGUCCUAUUGGACCUGAUCAGAAACGACACAAGUCACUUCCGGAGCAAAUAAACGGAAGAUUUUCUGAAAAAAAAGAAACAACGCAGAGAAGAAGAGAGAGACGGGCGCUUGUCUGAAUCACACGUCCCACACGAACAGGCAAAGGCAGGAAAAAUGUCGGGUGAUCGUGAGAUUCCAGCCGAGGAUAGCAUCAAGGUGGUGUGCCGUUUCCGGCCUCUGAACGACAGUGAGGAACGGGCCGGGUCCAAGUUUAUAGUCAAGUUCCCUUCCGGACCGGAGGAGAACUGCCUCUCGAUAGGGGGCAAAGUGUACCUCUUCGACAAAGUCUUCAAACCGAACGCCACACAGGAAAAGGUUUACAAUGAGGCUGCAAAAUCAAUCGUCUCGGACGUACUGGCCGGCUACAAUGGCACCAUCUUCGCCUACGGUCAGACGUCGUCCGGCAAAACGCACACAAUGGAGGGCGUCAUCGGCGAUCCGGGCAAGCAGGGUAUCAUUCCACGUAUCGUGAACGACAUCUUCAACCACAUCUACAGCAUGGAGGUCAAUCUGGAGUUCCACAUCAAAGUUUCCUACUACGAGAUCUACAUGGACAAAAUUCGGGACCUGCUGGACGUGUCCAAGGUGAAUCUGAGUGUACACGAGGACAAAAACCGGGUGCCGUAUGUGAAGGGGGCAACCGAACGGUUCGUGUCCAGUCCGGAGGAUGUGUUCGAGGUGAUCGAGGAGGGUAAAUCCAAUCGGCACAUAGCGGUGACCAACAUGAACGAACACUCGUCCCGAUCGCACUCAGUGUUUCUGAUCAACGUGAAGCAGGAAAAUCUCGAAAAUCAGAAAAAGCUAUCCGGUAAGCUGUACCUGGUGGAUCUGGCCGGUUCCGAGAAGGUCUCGAAAACCGGUGCCGAAGGUACGGUUUUGGAUGAGGCGAAAAACAUCAACAAAUCACUUUCGGCACUCGGAAAUGUAAUCUCGGCGCUAGCCGACGGCAACAAGACCCAUAUUCCGUAUCGUGACUCGAAACUAACGCGAAUUCUGCAGGAAUCGCUCGGUGGUAAUGCACGCACCACCAUCGUGAUCUGCUGUUCGCCGGCGAGUUUCAACGAAUCGGAAACCAAAUCGACACUGGACUUCGGUCGAAGAGCCAAGACAGUCAAGAACGUGGUCUGCGUUAACGAGGAGCUAACGGCCGAAGAAUGGAAACGCCGCUACGAGCGGGAAAAGGAAAAGAACGCUCGGCUCAAGGGUAAGGUGGAAAAGCUGGAAGCCGAACUGGCAAGAUGGCGUGCCGGCGAGACGGUCAACGAGGAAGAACAGUUAGAUCUGCUGGACGUUAUGGAGGCUAGUACGCCGAAUGUGGAAAUUCUGCUCGAAAAAGCACCGGAUCUACCGGUACCGGCGACCCCCAGCGGCCUAGCGAUGGUCGGUUCGAUCAACGCCGAUGAACGGGCAGCGCUUGAGCAGGAGCGCGAGCGCCUGUACCAACAGCUGGAUGACAAGGAUGAGGAAAUCAACCAGCAGUCGCAGUACGUGGAGAAACUGAAGGAACAGAUCAUGGACCAGGAGGAACUGAUCGCCAACACUCGGCGGGACUACGAGAACCUGCAGGCGGAAAUGACCCGCAUCCAGCAGGAGAAUGAAAGCGCAAAGGAAGAGGUUAAGGAAGUCCUUCAAGCACUUGAAGAACUUGCUGUUAACUACGACCAAAAGUCACAGGAGAUCGAGUCCAAGAACAAGGAAAUCGAUUCGGUUAACGAUGAGCUGCUGCAGAAACAGACCUCACUGAACAGCGCCCAAUCCGAGCUGCAGCAAUUGAAGGACAUGUCCGCUCAUCAGAAGAAACGCAUAACCGAAAUGUUAAGCAAUUUGCUGCGGGAUCUCUCCGAGGUCGGUCAAGCUCUAACGGCCGAUCAGAACGAGAUGAAACUGAACGUGGAAGCUUCGGCGGGUAAGCUGGAAGAAGAAUUUACCGUGGCGCGGUUGUACAUUAGCAAGAUGAAAUCCGAGGCAAAGAACGUCUCCCAACGGUGCUCGAAUUUGGAAAAUCUGCAGCAGGAAACCAACAAAAAGGUUGGCGACUACGAAAAGGAUCUCAGCGAAUGCCGACUGCUGAUUUCGCAGCACGAGGCUCGUAUGAAGUCGCUGCAGGAAUCGAUGCGGGAGGCGGAGAACAAAAAGCGCACCCUGGAGGAGAACGUAGACGCGCUGCGAGAGGAAUGUGCUAAGCUGAAGGCCGCCGAACAGGUAUCGGCUGUGAAUGCGGAAGAGAAACAAAAGGCUGACCAGCUGAAGGCUGCAUUCGAGAACCAGAUGGACCAGCUGCGGGAUGCCCACACGAAACAGGUGUCAGCCCUGCGGGAUGAGAUUUCCGAAAAGCAGGAGUUCAUCAACGAACUGAAGGAGUUAGUAUUUUUCACCAACCAGAAGCUAUCGCUUGCCCACCAACAGAUGACGGCCGACUACGAGAAGCUACGCCAGGAGGAAGCCGAGAAGUCCGCCAAACUGCAGGAACUAAUGCUCACAAACGAACGACGAGAGCAGGCUCGUAAGGAUCUCAAGGGACUGGAAGACACCGUCGCCAAGGAGCUGCAAACACUGCAUGCCCUCCGCAAGCUAUUCGUUCUAGAUCUUCAGACACGCAUCAAAAAGUCCAUCAACUCGGAGGAAACCGAAGACGACGGUGGUUCGCUAGCGCAAAAGCAGAAGAUCUCCUUCCUCGAGAACAACCUGGAACAGCUGACCAAGGUGCACAAGCAGCUGGUGCGGGACAAUGCCGAUCUGCGCUGUGAGCUGCCGAAGCUGGAGAAACGGCUGCGCACCACGAUGGAACGCGUUAAGGCACUGGAGACGGCCCUCAAGGAGGCCAAGGAGGGUGCGAUGCGGGAUCGCAAACGCUACCAGUACGAGGUCGAUCGCAUCAAGGAAGCCGUCCGGCAGAAGAAUCUGGCACGGCGGGGACCUCAGGCGCAAAUCGCAAAGCCAAUCCGUGCUGGUCAGGGACACAUUCUGUUCAAGGCAGCCGGUUCCGGCUCACCGAUUACACCAAAGUCGGUACUGGAUGAAAAGAGAAAAUCUGUUGUGAAAGAUUCUGAAAGUUGAAUCGCCUAAGUGUAAAUCCGUAGGUGGCUUAGCAAACACAACUCUAAAAAAAUGCUAUCGUGUAAGCACUAAAUUUUCCACGCUGCAAUUAUAUAUAUCUAUACAUAUAGUUAUGUAACUAAAACACACCACAUACACACAGACACACACACACUCAGAGACACCCAAAAUCUGAAACAGAGUGUGGCAUCAUUGAAAGCAAGUCGUGCAACAUAUUGACAUUGUGAGAAAGCUAAAUUUUAUCGCAGUAGGCGAUAUCCGCUAAACAAAAAAAAAAUAACGAAAUUCACUAACAACCAUUUAUCCAAUAGAUAUUAAGCUCCAUGGAUGCAAAAACCCUGGAAGCGAAGCAGAAAGUAUAUACUAUAUUUUUUUCGGCUUAAACAACAAAACGUUUUGCCUGAAAUAAUCUACUUCUACUACAGUUUAAGAGGGACAAAACAAUCUAGAAACCUACAGCUAAAGUGUAACACAGAGCAGAGCAACAGAAGACUUUAGGGGGAAAGAUGAUAUGAAUGAUACAUGGUGUCUUUAAAUUAUUGCGAUUAUUAGAAACGGUAGUAAUAUAUUAAAUUUGACGCAGCAUCAGCAGCUUAGUGGAAAACAGCAGAUCAAAAAAAAACACACACACAACAUGUUUCCGGUUUAAAAACGAACAGCGUAAAAAUAAUGAACAAUGUUUAAUAUCUUAUCAGCAGCUGCUUGCACGAAACCUUUGCUACUUGUGCUAAGACAAAGAUUGUGACGCUAAAAAUACUAUUUAUUAAAUUAUUGCUUAUUUUAAAUAAAAUGAACCGAAAAGAAUAUGACUUACACCAGAGAAGCGAAACAAACACAACUACACACACACAUAGGUCAGAUUCCGACGCAUAAUAGGGCUUUCAAAUUUGAUAAAUAGUAAAAAACACAUAAACAAAGCGGCGCAGCAGAGAUCCGACUUGAUUUUUGUUCGUCAUGAAAUAUCUUCCGUACAGACACACACGCGAUUGUUUUGUUUUGUUUUGGUUUUUUGUCUUUGGGUCGGGUGUUACUUCUUUUAAGUUUAUUUAGUAGCUGAGUUUAGAAGCAAUACAUCAUCGUACAUGCAAAUCAAAAACGUUUUUCGUUCCUUUGCUAAGAUUAGCAUAAAAAAACAAACUUGCACCAGUUUAAGAGGAAAUCCUUUAAAGUUUCUUUCUCCAAAAUUUUCAUAUAUUUUAAACUUCUGACAAUUGUCUAUUGCGUUGAGUUAAAUUAUGAACACAAAAGUGAUGGAAUAAAUGCAGGAAAGACUUAAGCACACUUCAGCUGCAUUAUUUUCCGUUGAGUGUUCCGAUGUGACACGGAAUCAGUCAUCAGCUUACAUCAAAUUUUAUUGCCGAUUGAAAGGUGUGUUUUUUUUUUCUUAAGGACUCGAGCUUGUGAACUGCUACUGCAAAUCAGGAAGGAAAAUAAACAUUGAACAAGCUUAAA